UGUCCGAAGAAUAUCAGAUGGACUCCGCGACUUGUUUGGCAUUGUAUCUAAACAAAACAAUCGAUUACGUACUACACACAGGUAGCCUGACAGGAGAUGAGAGUACUAACUGCUCUGUAAAUGGCCGACGAGGAGAACUCCAGGAACAAUGAUGAGGUUCAUGACAGAAUUGUGAGCCGAACUCUGUCCAUAGCUCCUGUUGACCGGGAUAAACUCAGGCGGUUUUAUGAAGAGCAAAAAGAGGACAGUUUUAUCCACCCAGAGCCUGUGUUUCCUGAUGACAAAACACCUGCAUUUGAGGAAGCAUGUUUUAAUGUCUUUGAGCUCAAGAAAUUGGAUGAGCUGGAGAAUUCUGGUCCGACCCAUGCAGGCAAAGGAAACACUUCAGCACUCCGGGAAACAGUGUUUCUGGGGAGGGAAAGAAGUAAAUUAAGGAGGAAAAAGAGGUCAAAGAGCAGAGAUGAAGAAGAUUUGAGGAGUAGCACUACAAAGUCUGAGGAAGCAAAGGAAGAAGAGGCAGUGGAGCUGGUUCCAUUGCAGAUUGCUGUGAAGGGAGAUAAUUCGGAUAAUCAUUCCACUGGCAUCAAGAAUGGGGAAACAGAGAUGUCAAUCAUGGAGGAAGAGAGGUCCUCCCGAAAAUCACGGAAAAAGAAGAAAAAGAAGUACCUUGAGAGACAUGCCAGUGAGAGUAGAGUGGCAGAGAUGAUGCAGACCACUCAUAAUCCAGAGGACGGGUUGACAGGUGCCCCUGAAGAUCCAUCAGACCUUUCAGACCGUUCCCAGAGGAAGAAGAGGCGGGCCUUGAGUCAAGAGGCACUCUUAACCCAACCCUCCACAGAGGUUGAAGAGCAGACUGAAGGGACAGAAAGGAAAUCCAAGAAAGAGAAAAAGAAGAGGGAGACCAGCCCCAGGGAUCCCGAGAGGGUGGAGCCUGGGGAGGGAGAGACAGGAGAGGGGGAGUUGUUGUGGAAGAAGGCAAAGAAAAAAGUCAAGAAAAAGAAAAAGAUAAGGGAAAAAGAAGUCAUCGAAGCCAUGACAGGUCAAGAGAUUCCAGAGGAUGAGAAACUUCCCCCUCAGAUUCGCAAGGCCGCUUAUGUAGAGCCAGAAACAGCCACCUCAGCCAAUUCCAGAGAAUCAACAGAAACCAGGGCCCUCCCUCCUCUACUGACCAAGCGUGCUUUCUCUCUCAACAAAAUUCACACAGCUGAUUCAAAGCAAAUGGAGAAAAUUCCUGAGAUACUAAGAGACGAUUCUGUGCUGGUGGGAAAAUCCAUCCCACCAAUAGCCUCCAUGAUGGGUGCAGGAGACAAAGACAAGACAAAGACAGAAGAAAAGCUCAAAAAAGAGGAGGAGAAGAAAACCCCACUUCUAGGGGAUCAGAUGAAGCGCCUCAGGGACCUUGAGGAGGGACAACCUCAGGCCCCGGACAAAGAGGAAUCAAAGGAGAUUGAAUGUAAGAGAUUUCCCUGUCUUGCUAGACUAAGACCAUGCUUUGCCGCCAUCGGCAGAUUUUUCACUCGACUCUGGAGGUUUAUAACCAAGGACAGAGACUGGACAUCACGGGAGAAGAAGUGUAUAUUUGCCAUAGUAACAUCAGUGUUAGCAGCCAUUGUGUUUUUAGGCCUGUUCCCAAGUAGCUUUGUGUAUCUGGAUUAUUAUGAGUAUGCUAUGAAGUACGACAAGGUAACAGGAGCAGUAGACCGGUCAGAGAUUUACGAGUUUGGCUGCUAUAUCCUCGGUCCAAGCACUGCGUUUCUGUCAUUUCCAAGAAGUGCUCAUGUUAUCUCUAAUUCUCAUGAAGUGUUCACAGCUGAUGAAAUGAGCAUCAAAAUUACUUACCACAUACAGUACUUCUUAAGAAAGUCAGAGAUAGGGACGCUGCAUAAAGAGUUUGCCUCAGGCUAUGACUCGGUGAUCCGCUCUAUUGUGGAGAGUGAGAUGAAGAACUCAGCAGCCGGUAUAUCCAUCGAUCACUUCAGAUUCCAGAGAUCUAAUCUAGAAAAAUCCUUCCUUGAUAAACUCAAGAAAAGAUUAGAGGGUAAUUGUUGUCAGAGUUGCUGUCCGAGUAGCUGUACCAACAACACAAUAUGUAGCAGCUGUCUCGGGCCAACAUCAUGUGACCAGGGAUACCACAUAAGCAUUAGCUACUUCCAGCUGACUAAAGUGGACAUUCCAAAGGAGGUCCUAGAUCGUUUUCUUCAAAGUGUGUUGCUACAGGAAUAUGCAUUGACAGAAUAUCUCAAGCAAGAAAAAGCUGUAGAAGAUAAAAUUACUCUCCGUCAAACAAGUCUAGUUUACAAUGAAGCCAAUGAAAUAGUAGAGGUGGGAAAUGCAGAGUCCCAGAAAAUCCAGGUGAUUGCGGAGGCUGACCGUGACGCCAAUCUGACGAUGGCCUACGUUGGCGCCUUGUCUUCCAUGUACACAACUCUGAAUGUCGUACAGGAGGACCACAAACUGUCCAUCAUGAUGAUACGCGUCCUUGAGGAAGCGGCGGUCAAGGGCAACCUAUACUGGUCAUACGGAUAUGAGAACGAGACCAUCUACGACAGACCACUGGCCCUUCCAGCAGGGUAAUGAGAGAGUCGGAGAUGUUUGGAUGCUGCUCUAUAAAACACAAUCAUGUAGAUCCUACGAAAUUGUUAGAUUUAAUGGUACUCAGAAAUAGAAAAAUUGUUAAUUUCUAAUCAAAGUAUUCAUUAGUAUGAAUAUUAACAAAAGUGUUGUUUCUGAUGAAAUUUUUAUCUGAUAGUAGAUAGAGUUUGAUUUUAUAGUCUAGAGAAAAAUUUUUUUCUGACAAUUAAUAUUUUUUUUAAAAUUGAGUCAUAUUAUCAUUGUUUGAUAAUGAUAUUAAGCACAUGUGGAAAUCUGUGAUUUUUGUCACAGGUCACAUUUCUCAGGUUUUGAUUGUGAAACGAGAGUUUUUCAGUGUUAUUUGUUAAAAUGUUAUAAAAAUAUAUUUACAUUUUUUUUUCAUACAUACUUACUGAAUUUAUACAAAAUGCAUUAUGCUGUGCCAAAGUAGGUUGAUUGUUGUGUUGAAAAGAUGAUAAAAUUUGUUUGUUUUACCAAAUUUGUUUUAAUACCUUGAUAGCCUGUUUUCAGUUAUUUUGUGUAUAUAUUUUUAAAAAUG